AUGUCGAUAUUGAUGAAAAGAGGAAGCCCAUAUAUAAUUUAAUCUUAAGGAAAGAAUCAAAGGUAAUCCUAUCCAAUAUAUGAUGAAUAGGUAACAAGUAAAUGUUUCCUUCAGAUUAGCCAUUGACAAUAAUAUAUAUCGGACGAAAUGGAGAACCAUCAUAAUAUCGUAAGCUGUUGUUUUUGGUCAACAUAACAGUUUUUAACACAAUUAACAGUGUAUUCAUAUUAAUCAGCAUUCUUGAUACUCCUGAUCCGAUCAUUAUUUUUGGUUGA